AUGCAAACUGCUACCGGACUGAUUCUUCUGGGGCUUUUCAUGUUCCAGGGGAAAAUAGUCAAAGCAAAACCAAAUGUUUCUCUGAACUGCAGCGAACCACAGGAUCCAGUGUACAGUGGACAGAACGUGUCUGUUAAUUGCUCGACAAUCACUGACAACAAAAAUUGCAUGUUCUAUCGCGUCUCAGGUUUCCGUGACCGCUCAAAGAGACUGAACUGCACAGGAAAGUCGGACAACAUGACGGUCCAUAGUGGGAUGUACCGUUUUGGGAUCUAUGUUGAGAUCCACAAUGUCACCAACCCGGGGAAUUAUAGCCUUGACUUUUUUUUUGACUGCGGAGUGGAGAGUAAGGGGAAGCCCUUUAAUGUGACCGUGCAGGAGAAACCUGAUACUCAACAGUUUGGCACAGACUCUACCCCGCUACAGACGCACCUGUACGUUGGCCUGUUCGUAGUUGUACAGAGACCUUCCUCCACUUCCUGUAAACUCAACACACAUAUCACACCCAAAGAGGCCAAGGGAGUGAUCGUGGCCCGUGGGUUUGAUGAGCCGGAGGAAAAGAGGAAAAGAAGGAAACCGUGA